CACAAAUCAGCAGUGAGCUGUUACUUCAUGCUGCUCCUCUGUUAUCUGUUAACUUUCCGAGGGACGCAAACAGCAGCAGGAGAAGGAGACAGAAGAUUUGAUAUUUGAACCAGAGACCAUAAGAGAGAAUUGGAACAUCUGAACAUUUCAACAAAAGAUGGAACGCAUUUUGAUUCUGUUGUGUCAAUUUGUAUUUUUUAUCAGCCUGACAUCCGGACAAGAGCAUGUGUGUUUUAGGCCUCAGCUGGAUGGCAACAUUGAUUUGGAUGGGGUCCAGAGGUUCUUUAACCCCGGUGUGGAGUUAGCGCUGUCCUGUAAACAAGGAUACACCCCCGUGUCGGGCCCUCGGACGAUUGCUUGCUUGAUCAGUGGAGAAUGGACAAAAACCAAAUUAUUUUGCAUGCCAAAACGGUGCCCCUAUCCUGACCCACCAUCUAACGGAGAAUUAUACUAUGAGGAUGUUGUGUACCAGAGCACUAUCAACUAUACUUGUGAUAAAGGGUACAUUUUGAUUGGAUCUGACUCUGCUGAGUGCCUUGCCAAUGGAACAUGGAGCACAGCAGUACCAGAGUGCAUACCUGUGACAUGCGGCCUCGCUCCGAUCCCAGAGUUUGGAAUGAUAAUUUAUGACAAGACAAUCAGCGGGAAUACUACUGAUUACGGUGUCCAUGGGACCUACAAGUGCCUGCCUCCAUAUGUACUGUUUGGAGAUCCAAGGACAGAGUGCACUCUCAGUGGCACUUGGACGAAGACCCCGGAAUGUCGAGUGGUGACCUGCCCUCCACCAGAGAACAUCGACAGAGGCUACAUGUCAAGCAGUUCACCAAGAGACUAUGACUACAUGGAAACCGUCAAAUAUGGCUGCCAUGGAGAUUAUGAAAUUGAAGGAAGCUUCCAAAUUGUUUGUCAGCAGGAUGGGAAAUGGUCUGAAAAGCCAUCCUGCAAGGCUCCUUGCAGUGUUAGCAUACAGAGAGGAAGGAUACUCUACAAAGGGCGAAAAAUCUGGAUCAAAGACCUAAGUCCAAACAAAGUCCUGCACAAAGAAAUUGUCUCAUUCUACUGCAUGAACAAGGCCCGGAACUGUGGUUACACAGUGCAAAGCCAGUGCAUCGAUGGAAGACUCGAAACCCCUGACUGCUUUGAAGAACCGAGUGGUAUUAAUUAUAAUCUUUAUUCAAGUUCGCUUCCAUCAGAAAUCACACAGUGCUGAAACAGCAGCAGAUACCUUGCCUGAUGAUUAAAUGAUUAAACUACUGCAAUAUGAAAAAGGUAGUGUUCUGCUCUUUCAGAUAAUAAUAUGGUCUGGCUGAAGCUGUCUUUUAUCUGACUCUGCCCUGAUUAAGAAAUGUAUUAUGUAUGCUGUUACUUUCUUUUCUGUUGAUGAUUUACUUUGGCGAAUCAAUUUUAUAAAAAUAAAAGAUGCCAAAUACAAUAUAUGACGGAUAGUUGACAAGUUCAGUGAAUGUGAUGUAUGGCAAUGCAUUAACUGUAGCCACAAGCAGAAAUCUCUAUUAUUAAAGUAAUGACGCACUGCAUGCACACUUUAUUAGUUUUUAGUUUGUAUUGACAAAAUCAUUUUUUACUGCCGAGGGUGAAGUGGUCUAAAAAUAUUGUAAUGAGUAAAAUACUUUUUUUUAAUCUCAUAUGAAAUAAAUCAUAUUCCAAUGUC